CCUCCGAGCCUCUCCCUGGCUCGCUCUCAGCCCGUUGCCAGUUCCUUGUGCAAGAAAUCAAAGGCACACACAUUUGGAUGCGUGUGCAUGAAUCUAAUCGUGGGUAACUUCACUCCCGUUUAACAACAUUACGUCGUGUGGACAAAAAAGUCACAGCUCCGCUCCUGGCCCGCGACGCUUUUUAGUCAAUCAUGGUGACAAAAGCCCAAUAUCCGCCUGUUCAGGAAAAAGAAGGAAAGAGCACACAGCCUCUCCUCCAACGCUCCGAUUCGCAAAGCUUUCCGUUCUCCAAGUGUUUCCUCUUUAAUUACGACCUGUUUCCCCUCCCUCUCCCCCCGCCCCAGCCUCGGUGAAAGGAGCCCUUCUGUCACUCGUCACUCGCUCGCCCGCUCGCUGGCUGUGGGAGGAGCCGCCGAAGGAAGCCGUGUGCCUGGGAUGCCAAGAGCCAGAGAAUGGAUCUGCUCCGAGGGGAGACAUCGCUGAGGACCCCGGUUUCCCGAGGACGCUGAAAACAAGCAGUUUGUUUCGGCUGGCUGCAGAUACCCGGAGGCACAAAGAGCCCGAAGGCGCCGGGAGGAGGGAGGGACGGACGGACGGACAGACAGAUGGUGGUGGGGAGCCCUGGAGCUUCGGCGGCGGCGCAGGCUGAGCAGCUCCGCGAGCCGAGCCGCCGAGCUUGAGGAGAAACUCCCUGCACCUCCAAGUUGCCGGCCGGCUCUCGGCUCUCGGCGCGCAGAGGAAUGAGACCUUUCCAGCUCCAUUUGCCCUUCCUCUGCUUCUUCCUCUUCAGUCAAGAGCUGGGCCUCCAGAAGAGAGGAUGCUGUCUGGUGCUGGGCUACAUGGCCAAGGACAAGUUUCGAAGAAUGAAUGAAGGCCAAGUCUACACCUUCAGCCAGCAGCCCCAGGACCAGGUAGUGGUGUCAGGACAGCCAGUGACGCUGCUGUGUGCCAUCCCUGAAUAUGAUGGCUUCGUUCUGUGGAUCAAAGAUGGCCUCGCUCUUGGUGUAGGCAGAGACCUUUCCAGUUACCCCCAGUACCUAGUGGUGGGAAACCACCUGUCAGGGGAGCACCACCUGAAGAUCCUGCGGGCAGAGCUGCAGGACGACGCGGUGUAUGAGUGCCAGGCAAUCCAGGCUGCCAUCCGGUCCCGCCCUGCACGCCUCACAGUUCUGGUGCCGCCUGACGACCCCAUCAUCCUGGGGGGGCCUGUGAUCAGCCUGCGGGCAGGGGACCCCCUCAACCUCACCUGCCAUGCGGACAAUGCCAAGCCAGCAGCCUCUAUCAUCUGGCUGCGUAAGGGAGAAGUCAUCAAUGGGGCCACCUACUCCAAGACACUGCUUCGAGAUGGCAAACGUGAGAGCAUCGUCAGCACGCUCUUCAUCUCCCCCGGAGAUGUGGAAAAUGGACAGAGCGUUGUGUGCCGAGCCACCAACAAAGCCAUCCCUGGGGGGAAGGAGACCUCAGUCACCAUUGACAUUCAGCAUCCCCCACUUGUCAACUUGUCGGUAGAACCACAGCCGGUGCUGGAGGACAAUGUCGUCACAUUCCACUGCUCGGCAAAGGCCAACCCAGCUGUCACCCAAUACAGGUGGGCCAAGCGGGGCCACAUCAUCAAGGAAGCAUCCGGGGAGCUGUACAGGACUGCUGUGGACUACACAUACUUCUCAGAGCCUGUGUCCUGUGAAGUGACCAAUGCCCUGGGCAGCACCAACCUCAGCCGCACAGUGGAUGUAUACUUUGGUCCCCGCAUCACCUCAGAGCCUCAGUCCCUGCUGGUGGAUCUGGGCUCUGAUGCAGUCUUCAGUUGUGCCUGGAUCGGCAACCCAUCUUUGACCAUCGUGUGGAUGAAGCGGGGCUCUGGUGUGGUCCUAAGCAAUGAAAAGACCCUGACCCUCAAAUCCGUCCGCCAGGAAGAUGCCGGGAAGUAUGUAUGCAGGGCUGUAGUGCCCAGGGUAGGAGCUGGAGAGCGAGAGGUGACCCUCACUGUCAAUGGGCCCCCCAUCAUCUCCAGCACGCAGACCCAGCAUGCCCUCCACGGUGAGAAAGGCCAGAUCAAGUGCUUCAUCCGGAGCACGCCACCACCUGACCGCAUUGCCUGGUCCUGGAAGGAGAACGUACUGGAGUCAGGGACGUCAGGGCGCUACACAGUGGAGACAGUCAGCACCGAGGAGGGCGUCAUUUCCACCCUGACUAUCAGCAACAUCGUGCGGGCUGACUUCCAGACCAUCUACAACUGCACGGCCUGGAACAGCUUUGGCUCGGACACGGAGAUCAUCCGGCUCAAGGAGCAAGGUUCGGAAAUGAAGUCUGGAGCCGGGCUGGAAGCAGAGUCUGUGCCAAUGGCCGUCAUCAUUGGGGUGGCCGUAGGAGCUGGUGUGGCCUUCCUCGUCCUAAUGGCAACCAUUGUGGCCUUCUGCUGUGCCCGCUCCCAGAGAAGUACGGGAGGGAGACCCGGGAUCUCAGGGAGGGGGACAGAGAAAAAGGCCAGGCUUAGACUUCCCCGGAGAGCAAAUCUAAAAGGUGUUGUGUCAGCUAAAAAUGAUAUCCGAGUGGAGAUUGUGCACAAGGAGCCUGCUUCUGGUCGGGAGGCUGAAGAGCACCCCACCAUCAAGCAGCUGAUGAUGGACCGAGGUGAAUUCCAACAAGACUCAGUUCUGAAGCAGCUUGAGGUCCUCAAAGAAGAGGAGAAGGAGUUUCAGAACCUAAAGGACCCCACCAAUGGCUACUACAGUGUCAACACCUUCAAAGAGCAUCAUUCGACCCCAACCAUCUCCUUGUCCAGCUGUCAGCCAGAUCUGCGUCCUACGGGCAAACAGCGUGUGCCCACAGGCAUGUCCUUCACCAACAUCUACAGCACCCUGAGCGGCCAGAGCCGCCUCUACGACUAUGGGCAGAGGUUUGUGUUGGGCAUGGGCAGCUCAUCCAUAGAGCUGUGUGAGCGGGAGUUCCAGAGGGGCUCCCUCAGCGACAGCAGCUCCUUCCUGGACACACAGUGUGACAGCAGCGUCAGCAGCAGCGGCAAGCAGGAUGGCUACGUGCAGUUCGACAAGGCCAGCAAGGCCUCCGCCUCCUCUUCCCACCACUCCCAGUCCUCUUCCCAGAACUCCGACCCCAGUCGACCCCUGCAGCGGCGGAUGCAGACUCACGUCUGAGGGCCCUGCACUGUGGCGGGGGCAGGCCAGGGAAGAGGGCAGGGCAUAUUCUCAUUCUCCAAGGAUCAGAGCUACUUUGGAGAGGACCCUAGAAGUGGCCACCUCCAACAUGGCCUCUGAGCACCUCUGCUAACACCUUCCUCCGAAGCUCUGAUCAAGCACAAAUCUGGUCCCCAGCUGUGGUGUACCAGAGGCGGGCAGGUGGGAAACAGGAAGCAGCUGAGUGCAGUGCUCACAGCUGGACACUUCUGUCCCCAUCCCCUCCCUGGAGGCCCUCGACCACCUACUCCCCCCACAGGCACUAGUGGCAGCUAUAACUUUGCUCUCAUGAAACUGCCGUCCACUCUCCUGUCUCCCCGUGCUGCCCUGUAAGCCAUCCUGGGUGCCUGUGCUCCUUAAGAGCCCUAAAAGAAGGGGGGUUCUGCCCAGCAUCAAGCUGUUCCACAGACUCCAGCUUCCCCACUGGGCAAGGCCCAUGUUUUGGAAGCUGAAGAAUUAACCCUGGCCAAAGGAGCACCUAUCCGCCUGGAAGCCCACCCCCAUUUGUUUGGUGUUUUGUGUCCAUUUCUUGCAGUUCUGAUCUUGGACUUGAUGCAUCUGAACUUGGAGGUGGGACUGGCCCAUCAGAGCCUGGUGUCCUCAGGGCCAAGAAAGGGGAGGAGGGACAGCGUCAACACCUAGGGAGUACCUUGCCCAAUACACCUGUCACCAGGCAGUGCAAUCCAGGGCCUUCCCUCUCCCCCAUGCUUUGUGUACACCCCUCCUCCCCACAGCACAAUCAGCUAAUAUAAGGAGUGUGAGAAUUUCUCUGGUCAGAAUUUGUUGAGCAGUCACUGAAGAGUAUUUCCUGAGGUAGGGUGAGGGGCAGGGUGUCUGAGGGGACUGGAGGAUAGGUCUCUCUAAGAGGAUGAGCCAGACCUUCUCGAGUGAUGGGGAAGAUGAUCAUACUGUUUCCAGCAGACUGGACUGUACGCAAGAGGGAGAGUUUUUCUGCACCUCCUCCUCCCGUAGCUCCCUACCUGAGAAUAAAUGUUAGGGCCAUUCCUCCAA